CCGGGGGUCCCGGUCCGGUCCCCGCCGCCGGCCCCGCGACAGCCGCGUCCCCAGCCCGAAAUAGCGCGGGGCGGAGCCGGCCCGGCCAUGGCGAGGCAACCCGCAAGAACACUGUGGUACGACCGUCCGCGGUACGUGUACCUGGAGUUCUGCGUGGAGGACAGCAGGGAUGUGCAGGUGGUCAUUGAGGAGCAGCGGUUGGUGUUCAGUUGCAAAAAUGCAGACGGUGUAGAGUUCUACAAUGAGAUCGACCUGUACGCCAGGGUCAACUCCAAGGACUCGCGGGAGAAGCGCUCUGACCGCUCCAUCACUUGCUUUAUGAGAAAAUGGAAGGAAAAAGUGGCCUGGCCCCGCAUCACCAAGGAGAACAUCAAGCCAGCCUGGCUCUCCGUGGACUUUGACAACUGGCGAGACUGGGAAGGGGAUGAGGAGUUGGAAAGGGCCAUGAUGGAGGAGUAUGCAGAGCUCCUGGAGAAGGUGACGGACAAAGCCCCCCCACCCGCCAUGGAUGACCUGGAUGACGAGCUGUGAAGCUCAGGACCCGCUCACGCCGCAGGAGGCCUCCCGGUGCGUCGGGAGCGCGCACGCACGAGCAGCGCGGGCCGGGCUCGGGGCAGCAGACCCCCAGCCGUGGCUGCGGAGCCGUGCGGCCUCCCCGUGCACUUACAAUAAACGUGAGCUGCCGCCGCC